AGUUGACCCAUGUCGCACCUUGUCAAAAUUAUAUUGUGAGUCAAUAAGACAUCUUUCUUCCGGAUAUAUUUAAGAGAUAAAAUGUUCAAAUUUGAUUACAGUAAGAAGAUUAUAAAUGUGCAUCAUUAGAAUUUUCAAUUAGAUGUAGCCAAUCUCAUUGUGAACGUCCGUUAACUUUAUAAGAAAGAACCCAAUAUUUCCUGGUGUAACUUGAGAACAUGCAGACGAUGAAUAAAGGAAAGAUUUCAAGAGCUUUUGACCCCAGUAGUCAUGUGACCUAGUAAUAUGGAGGAUAUACACUAAUUAUGUGACGUUUAGUUAUAAUUCAAAUUUAUUUAGAUGAUAGUGCAAUAAAUAGUUUAUAAAAAUUACAACAAUGGAAAAUUUAGAUUCAAAAUCAACAAAAACAGAAAGUAGAGAGGAUGCUAAAACAGGGAUUAGGUAUAGAAUGACCAAAACAAAACCAGCUAAUUUUAGCGAUUUGAAAGCUAAAUUUGACUCUGCUGGUGGUGUGAACGCCACUAAUGUAAAGAAUACAAAAGUCUCAACCACAACAACAAGUAAACAAGAAGUACAGACAACACAGCGUUUCCAAAGAAAUUCAGCUUUAAGAGCAUCUAAAGAAAAAUCAGAUGAUGAUUUGAAAGAUUUAUUGUCACAUACUAAGUUUACAAUCGGUGCCGAAGGUGAAACGGUUGAGCCAAAGAUGGCUGUUUCUAAAGUUUUCCGUGGAAGUGGGAACAAAGUUUGUCAGGCAACGGUGGAAAAUAAACUUCAGAGGCACGACUCUGGUGAAAUGUCUUUAGCGCCAUCAAAUAAGAACGCUGCCAUGUCAAUUCUUAGUACAAAUUUAGCUUUAGCAAGAAUUCGGCCAGGUUCUGGUGGUAAGAAAGAGGACAAUUUGUCUGGUAAUAUACAACAAAGUUUUAAUGUUUUGUCCAAAAACUCUCAAAGCACUGUCACAACCACAAGUUCCCACAGGGAGACAAAUAUAUCAGGAACAAAAACAGAGUCUCGAUCAUAUACGAGCAAAUAUUCAUCUACUUCCUCACAAAGUUCUCUUCCCAAGGAACCAGGAUUAAGCUUUUCAAAAGAUACGACGGAAACCAGUCAUGAUAAAUUAAGUCGGAAUAAUUCUUCUGGUUCUGACUUGUCAGACACUAGGUCAAAUGUAUCGAGGAAUAAUAGUUUUAAUAAAAUUAGUGCCAAUUCUAAACCACGUCCUUUCAGUCCAAAUACAAAAAAGACUUCAGAAACUAGUGUGACUCAGAUAGUUCAAAAGCAAAGAAGUCUGACAAGGACUUCCUCCGCAGGGUCUGAAGAUGCUCGCCCUGAAUGGCUCAAGAAAAGAGAGGUGCUGGUUUCUAAUUUUCAAACUCGUUUAAAACACAAACCAGUAGAAACUAAAACCGAAACAAAGACAUCAUCUUCAGAACUUCAUACCAAAGUAAAGGAAAUGAAGUCUGAAGGAGACAAAUAUACUUCUAAUGGCGUUUCUAAACAGAAAAAACUAACACGAACACUAGAUAUUGAUAGAAAUGUGAGAAAACAUAAAGAUUCUUCCUCUCCAGAGCCUCAAUCUCCAAGAGGGUACCAGUCACCAAGGGGAACUAACUCUCCAACAGGGAGUAUGUCCCCAAAAGGUCUUCAAUCACCAAGAGGAAGCUUAAGUCCUAGAGACAGCACAGCUUCAGAACUUGAUGAAUUUAACGAAAUUCGUAAAAAUAUUUUCAAAAGGCGGGAAAGUAAUAAGGAUAUGGUCAUUGACCGAAGCCAUUCUUUAGAGACAACAAAACAGGCAGAUAAUUAUCCAUCUAAAAAAAUGACAGCUGAUUAUUUCAAAAAAUUAAAGAGUGACUUUGAACAUAUCGCUGCUGUGUCUGAUGCCAAACAGGGCAGAAAACCAAAGCUUCAAAAUGUGAAGACCAGUAGGACAUUUGAUGAACAAAAACAUUCAUUUGAAUCGCCAAGGUCACCUUCAUCACCGAAGUCUAAACUACAGACCUUGAAACGUUUACAGGACGAAGGUCAAAUACCAAAUGUCAGGGCCGUUUCUUCUGCUUUAAAUUUAGAGUUUGGAAGACCAAGAGCUGCUAGCACAGGUAGUAUUACUGCUGAUUUGUAUACUGAUAAUAUUUAUGAGGCCAUGGGUGAAGAGUAUCAUGAUUUUGAAGGAUUUGAGAAGUAUGAACCAAAGGCUUGGCCUGACACGGACAGUACCAGCUCUGAUAAUGAAGGGAUUUACGACUAUAUAAAAGAUACAGAUCCAAAAGGAAAAGUUGAGAAAAAAGUUCAAUCUAAAACCCCAGCCAGAAGAUAUGGUCAGAAAAGUUCUUCAGUAGGGAAGGGAACCAGUAGACCAAGUUUUAAUAAUAAAGACGAAGAUGUCAACCAUCAUGAUCCAAGUUCAUCAGAAAUCACAGAGGGUAGCAGUAAGGAGGGGACUAUGGAAAGUACUGAUGAGAGAUGUGGUGUAGAUGGUGAUAUAGAGUACGAUUCAGAUAGCAGUGGAAAUUCUGGAAUCUACGAACCUAUAAAUCCUGAUCAGAAAAAACGUCAGGAAGAGAAAUUGUCAAAUUUACCCCCUGAAUUACCGGCAGAUAGAAAGAAGAAGAAGAAAGACAAAGAUAAACAAGGCAAAACGUUUGGUUCUAAACUUAAGCAGAUGUAUAAGUCAAAACCAAAGGAUGGGGUCAAGGAUGGUAAAAAGACAAAAAUGAAACAUGUGACAUCAGACUCGGCUAUUCAAAGUCAAGGGUCAUCGGGCAUGCUUAAUAAACUAGGGAAAUUUUACAAGCGAGUGAAAUCUGAGAAUAAGAUGAUCAACGAGCAGAACGAACAAGAGGAAGUGGUUAUAUCUAGUAGUGAUUAUGACGGUAGUGAUACAAAUCCGAUUGAGGAAAACACGGAAAUAUUAGAGGAGGACAGUGACGGAAUAACUAUGCAUGACAUUGAUUAUAUUGAUGCUUCGUCAACAUUAGACAAUCUACCACAGCCACCACCCAAGGUGGAAGUGGAGCCACCAUUACCACCAAAACCACAAAAAGAUGAACCACCAAUCCCCCCACCACCAAGAACAGGUGAGACUGCUGUUCCACCACCUCCUUUACCACCAAGACUAAGUAUUGGUCCCAGUUCAAUACCAGAAGAUGACCUCCUCAGCUCACCACCACUGCCACCAAGGGAAAGAUUAUCCAUGACCUUUGACCUAGAUACAAUUGUACCAAUUUCACUAGGAAAGAAAUCUGAAGAUGGGAAAACUUGGCCUGGUGUUCGAGAUAGCUACCUCCAUGGUCAUCAUGUUAAAAGUGCAUCUGACCUCCAGGUUGGUGAUGAACCUGUGAAAAAUAACACAGAAGACACACCACCUCCUCGACCUAGCCCUCCAAUACACAGGAGGAAAAAAGGUAAAGAGGACUACAUUCUGCCUGACCCAGGAGUUGAUGAUAAAAAGUCUGAUGUUGUUAAUGGUAAACAGCCAUUGGACAAGAGGCCAUCAUCGGGGUAUUUAAGAUUUGGUGAUAUAUCAGGAGAAUCUAGCACUGAUAUACAAGCACCCUUCAGUCAUCUGUAUAAAUUCAAAAAUCAGUUAAAAGAUGACGACGAGGGCAAUCAACUCUAUAUUGAACUGAAUGAUGACAUGUUGUACGGUACAAUGGACCGAAGAUAUACGACCAAGUUUGAGUCAGAGCCUCUCUAUCAAGUUUAUAACAAGGAUAAAGUAACAAGAGCCAGUAGAAAGUUCACUCCUGCUAUUUCCAGUGAUAGUGAGGUUGAGUCGGGAGAUGAAGGAAUAUAUGAAGCAGUUGAUGAGAUUCUAGAGAAAGCUAAAGGUGACCAAUCAGUGCCAGAUAAACCUAAGAUGUCCACGUUGGAGAUGUUUGGUAAAACUGGGUCAGUACUCAGAGCUCUGUGGAGUGAAAUGCCAGAGGUUAAAGAAAGUGGAUUUUUAAAUUCAAUAUCAAGUCAAGAAAGGAAGAUACAAGAGUCCAUGUUUGAAAUCAUCACCUCUGAAGCCUCCUAUCUGAAGAGUUUAAAUAUUUUGAUUGACACAUUUCUGAAGUCACAGGAAUUUUCUGCAGAACUGUCUGAUAAAUGUGUCAUAAGUCGCCAAGAAAGACAUGUGUUGUUUUCUAACAUUGGUGCUGUUAGGGAGGCAAGUGAAAGUUUUCUAUCUGAUUUAGAAGCCCGAUGGCAGAAGUCCUGUUUAUUGUCUGAUGUCUGUGAUAUUAUUUACCUACAUGGUAUAAAUAAAUUUGAAUGUUACGUAUGUUACUGUGCCAACCAAACAUUCCAAGAACGAGCUAUUCAGGAACUUGUCAAACGACAGGAAUUUAAUGAGGCCUUAAGAAGAAUAGAGAGAAGUCCUGAAUGUCAGGGUUUACCGAUGACUUCAUUCCUGUUACUGCCGAUGCAGAGGAUAACACGAUUACCACUUCUUGUGGAUGCAAUUUGUCAUAGACUGUCUCCAGGGACAGAGAGACAUAAAUCUGCUUCCAGGGCAUUAGAUGCUCUUAGUAGGGUUGUGAAAAAAUGUAAUGAAGGAGCCAGAAGAAUGCAACAAACUGAACAAAUGUGUUUAGUGGUACAGAACUUAGAGUUCAAGGUCAAGGAAAUUCCUUUGAUAUCAGCUUCAAGAUAUCUGGUCAAACAAGGGGAGCUAACGAGACUAGUAACAGAGACAUCAAGUCGUCUCCCCUUUGGUAAAGGGAAACCCAGUAAACAAUCCAUUUACCUGUACUUAUUUAGUGAUUUAUUAUUAGUCAGUAAAAAGAAAGGAGUUAGAUUUUCCUAUCCUUUCACACCACAGAAUUUAAAUUUAUUGUUCAAUAACCAGUAUGUGGUGACAGACUAUGCAUUACGUAAUGCCCUCCAUGUUGAGAACGUAGACCACACAGACAAAUCACGCCAUCUUCCUCAGGGGGCACCCAGUGGGUGUAAAAACAUAUUUGUUGUUGUACUGCUAGAGAAUUACGAACACAGACAAGUGGAAUUAGUAUUGACUUGUAAAUCACCGAGUGACAAAUCUAGAUGGAUAGAUGCCUUAAGUCCUGUUACCAAGGAAACAGACAAUGAAAAGAUAUAUGAAGAGUGGGAUUGUCCCCAAGUACAGUGUACAAGGAAGUAUAUAUCUACAGAACCAGACGAGUUAACGUUAGAGGAAUCAGAUGUCGUCAAUGUGUUCAAGAAAAUGGCUGAUGGUUGGUAUGAAGGGGAGAGAAUCAGAGAUGGAGAAAGGGGCUGGUUCCCUGCCAACUGUACAGAGGAGAUCGUCAACUCUCAUGUCCGAGCCAGAAAUCUGAGAUUAAGAUAUAGACUGCUAGCUGCUUCAGAGGAAUAUUCUUCUUACAAUAACAUGGUUUCAAAAGCAUAAUUAAGAAAUAUUGUAAAGAUAGUGUCUUAUCUGAUACUUCAUAUAUAUGAGAUUGAUCCAGUAUCAGUAUAUGAUCUGUUAAGUACCAGUUCAGUUUCUGUAAUACUUUUAACAUUUGAAUUAAGAUUUUCACGGCUUUUGCGUUGAAAAGCACUAUCAAAUUUGAAAUGAUAUUUAGAGAUAAGGCUAAUGCAUAAUAAAAGAUAAAUUGUAUAGGUGUUGGCUAAACCUGAUUACCCUUUUGUAUUUCAUUGACAGAAAACAAGGUAACUUCUAAACAAUUUUAAGGAUAAAUUAUGAAAAAUGUGGAAUUAUUGUAUUAGCUUUUGCAGUUUUAAUUUGUGAUCUUUAUUGAAUAUAAAAUUGUGUUACAUCGAAAUCUGUUUGAUUAAAGAAAAAUGUGCAUUUGGUUUUUUUUUAAAGUUUAUUUUAAAUUUAUUUAUCUAGACUUGUUAAACAAUUUAUUUUAUUUGGUUUUAUAAAAUUUUUGAAUUUUACUAUGUUUGGAAUAUCUUAUAUUUGUAGAAUAAUGCUCCAUAAAAAGAAAAUUUAAAAGACUACUGUUUUAUAUUCUCAUAGUGCCAUAUGUUGGACCAUUUUAUACAGAUCUAUUAUGAUUUACUAACCAAUGGAACCUUUACAUCUUUAAAAUGUUUUUUUUAAAUGAUGAGUAAUUCACACUCUUCAGAUGCUCUUGUUUAUUUAUUAAGAAGUUAAUCAAAACCUAGCAUAAUUUCCAUUGUUUUCAAUUUUAGGAAAUUUAAACCACAAUUUUGAAAACCAAUUAACUGAGCAGAAACAUUCAAUAAUGGAAUAAAAGAAUAUAAAUAUGUUAACAGUAUGAUUUAGUAUCUUUGUAAUAUUGAAAUAUGGGUAUAUGUAUUGCUUAACCUUGAAACGUAAAAGCUUAAUGAAUUAUUAAUGUGUAAAUCAUUUCAUAUAAUUUAAACAUGCUUUCUGUGCAAAUGAUAUAAGUAAUAAUGUAUUACAAUAUUUUGUUGAUGGUUCCUUGUUUAGCCUUUAGGGUAACAGUAUCUGGAAACUUUUUUUACAGAAGUUUGAAUAAGGACUUAUUUAAAAUAGCAAUAAUUUGUGUCCAGGGGUACAAAAUAUUGUGAAUAUUUUGCUUUUUUCUAUUUAGAUUGUACAGUUAAAACAUGAGAGUUGAAUAUUCAAUAUCAUCAUAUUUCUGAGCAUUCACCAUUGCAUAGGACAACGGACAUAUUUUAGAGUAAAUCUUUGUGUUAUAAUUUUUUAUACUCAAGAAAUGAUAUUUUGUUGUAACAUAUCAUGGUGCUUAUAUAUUUAUAUCUGGUCACAUAUUUUUUGUUAUUAUGAGUUUGUUUUUACAUAUCUUGAAAUAGAAGACCUCCAAAAUGAUAUUGCUAGUAUUUUCAUAUCAAUGAUAAGUAAUUAAGAGACAACUCAUAUACCAUUGGAUGUUACAGCUAAUUUCCUAAUGCAUGAAGAGCAAGACUUUGGUUAGCUUGUUGAUUUGUUUGUAUGUUGUACAAUUAAUUGAAAUUAGGAUAACAUUCAAUCAAAUUUAGAUAUGAUAUAUACAGGUUAAAAUAUGCAUAAAGUUAUUACAAACAUUGUUUGAAGAUGUCAAAGCUUGAAUAAGUUUUAUACAAACAGAGCAAGAACGCCUACCAAAGUUUUACUCUACAAGCAUUUGGAAAUAAACUGUAAACUUUCAAGAAUGUAUUCUAUUUUGUUCAUUUCUUUUUGUGUAAAGGAUUAUAAAACUGGUUGUGAAUUAAAGAGGAACAUAUAUGUAUACUCUCUAACUAAGAAGAUACAUAGUCUAGAAACAAAUGGGCACAUUAUUAUAUUGGGAGCAAUUAUAUUUUAUUAAUACAGACCAAACUGUUGAUCAGUGAUUUUUACAUGGUGUGUAUUUGUCAGUUUUGACCAUUCCAAAGCUUCUGCAUUUACUGUUAUGAGGUAUACAAAUGGUUUAUCUCUUAACUAAUGCUACAUUAUAACUAAACUUAUCAUCCAAGUACAAUAUUGUAUAUAGGAAACUUUAUCAUCCCAAUUCAUAAUUGCUGUAUGGCUGCAUUUAUAAUACAUGUAUCAAUAAAUUGAUCAUUUUAAUGUGAACUACAUUGUAUAGAAAUUGACCUUAUGCAAGUGAUCGUAUACAUGUACAUUUAUAAUUGAUUUUGAAAUAUCAGAAUACGAAGUAAAAGAAGAAUUUUUGUAUGUUUUAUAAGGUUCUUUUUUAUUACCUCAAUUUUAAAACAGUUACAAAAUUUCUGAAGAGAUUUUUUCAAUAUAUGUAAACACAGUUGUGGAUUCAGAAAUUCUUAUAAGGGGGACACACUGACUGACUCCGGUCAUUCUUCAGUGAUUCAUUAUAUAAUCAACCCAAUUUUUUCCACAGAAGGAGGGGGUGCCUUCUGGGAUACCCUCUAAAUUUGCCUCCAUAACAGAUAUAUUGAUAUUUAUUCUCAUAUUCAUCACAGCUCAUAUUAUUGCAUUUAGGUAUAAAGCUUCAAAUAUCAAUGCAUUAUUGCAUUUAAGGUAAUUAUUGGCAUCAUAUGCAUUGAGCUUGUAUAAAACAAACAAUUGAAAACAAGAUUAGAUAUGUGUAAAUACAAUUUGUAUAAAUUAUUGUUGUCAUUUAAUAUACUACUAUAUGUAUUGGACUAUCCUAUUUAUUUUACUUGUUUUUGUAGAAUUCCAAUGUUUGUUAGUUUAAGAAUGUAUAAUUAAAGUGUUUUCUGUGUUUUAAAGUGUAAUCUAGAAAACAAAUUGAAUUUAAGAUUUUAAGAUUAUUCUUACCAAUGUGAUCAGACUGGUUUACCUUAAAUUAAUCAACAUUUCAUCUUUCAAAAUAAUUACCUCGAUAUUGGUCCUGUUGCAAUGUUAAUUAUAUAACAUGUAAAGACAUGAUUCUUAACCUCUAAUAGAUAACUUUCAAGUUUGAUACAUUCCUGUCAAAAACAGUUGAAAGGCAGUUUUUGUCAGCACCAGCCACCCAGACAAUUUUAAUUGAGAAUUAUAGUGCAUUAUAGUAUUUCUGGAAUAGCCCUAAGUGGUUCAUUGUACGAUUAAUUCGGCUAAUCUAAUUUAGUCAAUAGUCCAUUACAUAUAGUAUACAUUUCUCUGUUGUUACAGUUUGUAAAACUACUUUCAUUUUCCCAUGUGUCAAAUGUUGUUUUACUUUUUGUUGCUGUUGUUAUAUCAUUGUUUUUUAUGAUCAUCCUUUUUAUUCCUAAACUUGCAAUAUGUAAAAUAAGUAUAUGUCAUGUGAUAUGUGAUUGAUUUAUGUCAUGUGACAUGUGGUUGAUCUAAUGUCGUGAUAUGUGAUUGAUCUAUGUCAUGAUAUGUGAUUGAUCUUAUGUCAUGUGAUGUGUGAUUGAUUUAUGUCAUGUGACAUGUGGUUGAUCUAAUCUCAUGUGAUAUGUGAUUGAUCUAUGUCAUGUGAUUGAUCUAAUGUCAUGUGAUAUGGGAUUGAUCUAAUGAUAUGUGAUUGAUCUUAUGUCAUGUGAUGUGUGAUUGGUCUUUAUCAUAUGGUAUGUGAUUGAUCUAUGUCGUGUGAUAUGUGAUUGAUCUAAUGUCAUGUGAUAUGUGAUGAUCUUUGUCAUUUGAUAUGGUUCGAUCUGUAUCAUGUGAUAUGUGAUUGAUAUGUGUCAUGUGAUAUGUGAUUGAUCUAAAUGUCAUGUGAUUGAUCUGUGUCAUGUGAUAUAGUUUGAUCUGUGUCAUGUGAUAUGUGAUUGAUCUACAUCACAUGAUAUUUGAUUGAUCUAAAUGUCAUGUGAUAUGUGAUUGAUCUCUGUCAUGUGGUGUUUUGUUGAUGCUUUUAGCCACGAUUUUGUUCUGUUAAGAUUAUCAUUCCUCGAUUAUGAUUGUACAUACGAUAUAUGUAAACUAUUAUGGUCCUAUAUGUUCAUAAUAAUGCUAAAAAUUGAUUAGUAAAUCAUUAAAAGUCUUAUUAGUCUAUCAAAUUCAUCAAACUUCUUUUCAAAAUUGAAGCCUUGAGAGAGCUUGUCAUUGAAAUUGGCUACUUGGUUUUCUCUUUUAUUGAUAUCACUUUUAACAGGACCCGUGCAUAUUCCAAAUUUCCCAGGAUUUGUGGUAUUCAAUAUUUUUUUAUUUGAAAAUGUUAUUAGGUAUGGUAUAUCAAUUACUACUAGAAGAAAUCAGAGUUCUUGAAUAAGGCAUAUAUUAGCCAUAGGGCUGCUUAGUUCAGGGUUACAUUUGUAAAAUUCAGCAUAUUUUCAUUAAGUAUGUGAUAAAAACUCUAUAAAUAGAUAGAAAUUAAUGUUUCAACUAAUACAACUAUGUGCAAUAUUGAAUAUUUUAACUUGAAUACUUGAGAAGUGUUUGACCAAUCAAAUGUUUCUUCACUCUAUCAAAUCAAGUAGGAAAACAAAAAACUGACCAUUUUCAUUUACUAUAAAUCAUGCAUCAUAGAACAUUUUAUAGAAUAUAAGAAUAUUUAUUGCUAAAUGUAAUCUAGCUUGAAUUAUACGUAUUUUAGUCAAUACAAUAAUAGCAAGAAAGAUUAUAACCCAGUUACACAGAAGCUUUUGUACACAUGCUAUUAAACAUUUUUGUAUAAGAAUGUUUAACUUCGUUAUGUAUCUUUGAAAUCUAUAAAAGUGGCUGAAAUAAAACACAAAAUAGAAAUUUACUUUUCCUUGUUGUCUAAUAUAAAGAAAACUAUAUACAUUUGUAUAUAUAUAUACAACUCGUCUAAACAUCAACCCAACAAUGUUAGAUCUGUAAAUUUGCUUUCGCAAAUUUUUUGUUCUUCCCACGCCGAGAUUCGAACCCAUGCUACUGAGAUUUAUAUAUACAGGAGCCUACAUUUUAAGACAUCUAAAAUACUAACUUUGAUACACUGAUAAAUGGCUGAUAACAUCCUAACAAAUUAAUUUUCAAAAUUUGUUACCAUUACAAGUUCAAAUAUUUUACAUUUGGUUUACAACAAUGAAAAUGUGUUUGUACUUAUGCCUUUUUGUCAAGGUUAUUCAAAGGUACUACCACUUUGUUAUGCCAUGUUACAACAAAUGGUUAUUUGACAUUCCGCUUUGCGUACCAUGUAUUUGUGUAUUACUAUAAUUUGCUAUUACAUAUCAGAUGUUUAACUAUUGCCAUCCAGCUGAUGAGUUCAAAAACUGCAAUUUUUUAUCGUAGAACAAUUAAAAUUUAUCGUUCAUUUUAAAUAAUAUUAGCAGUACCAUAUUUACUGCUCCAAAUGUUUAUUUUGAGCCUCAUUUCAUACUCUUCUGAUAUCUAGAUAUUAUAGCAUCAUUUAAAACCUGCAGUAGAAACUUAUUUCACUAUCUUCAUCUGAACUGUAAAUUGUUAUUUUGCUCUAUUUAUGAAACAUUUGUGAAUUUUUCAUUUCAAUUUUGCAAUAAAAUAUUAUACUUAUUGAA